AUGGUCAAGGGCAAGCUGUCGGCACGCGGGCAGGAGCUGGUGGACUCGCCUGCGCUGAUGGGCUACGUGCGCGAGCAUUUGGCGCGGGUGGGGACCGAGGGCUACGUCCCGGCCUGCAUCGCCGAGUCGGACCUCUGCUCCGAGGAGAUGGCGGCGCGACUGGCGGCCGUCCCGCCCAUGCCUCCGCACAACCUGCACUACGGCUCGAUGGUGGGCGAGGACGCGCUCCGCACCGCUGUCCUUGGACUCCUUGUCCACGCGGGCGUGCUCCCGGCCGACGCCUUUACCGCACAUCAGGUCGCCCUCGUCGCCGGCGUCGGCACGGCGCUGGAGAUGCUGAUGUACGCCAUCGCCGAUCCGGGCGAGGGCGUCCUGGUCCCCGCCCCGACCUACGCUGGCUUCUACAUGGAUCUGGGCACCCGCGACGAGCUCGCCAUUGUCCUUGCGCAGCGCUCGGCCGACAACGAGUGGGCACUGACGCCCGAAGCGCUCGAUGCCGCCUGGGACGCCGCCGACGUGCCGAUCCGCGCCCUCUUGCUGUGCAACCCGGACAACCCGCUCGGCCGGGUGUACAGCCACGACGAGCUCACCACUGCCGUUGCCUGGGCUCGCGCCAAAGGCAUCCACAUUGUCGUUGACGAGAUCUACGCCCUCUCGGUCUUUGCCGACAACGCCUCGUUUGUCUCGGCCGCCGCCACCCUCGGCCCGGACACGCUCGGCGAUGACGUCCAUCUCCUCUGGGGCUUCUCCAAGGACUUUGGCGUGGGCGGCCUCCGCUGCGGCGGCGUUCUCUCGCACAACAGCAACCUGCUCGCCGCCAUCGACGGUCUCGGCUACUGGGGCGCCGUCUCGCGGCACACCCAGUGGGCGCUCCACCACCUGCUGGUCGACAUGCCGUGGAUUGACUCGUACCUCGCCACGUCCAAGUCCCGCCUCCGCGAUGCCUACCAAGUCGUCACCGAUGCCCUCGACGCCUGUGGCAUCCCGUACGUCCCCGCCGUGGCAGGCAUGUUCUUUGUCGUCGAUCUCCGCCAGUUCCUCGACGAGCCGACCUGGGAGGGCGAGGCCCGCCUCUGGCAGCGGCUCCUCGACAAUCACGGUCUCAACCUGACUCCGGGCUCGGAGCUCCGCGCCGCCGAGCCCGGCUGGUUCCGCCUCUGCUUUGCCGCCUUUGACGCCUCUGUCAUCGCCGAGACCAUGGCCGCCAUCGAGUAG